GUGUGCUCACGUGACGGGGCUGUGAGGCUGAGCUCGCGCAGUUGGAUGGACGAAGAUGGCGGCGGAGAGAGAGCCUCCUCCGCUGGGGGACGGGAAGCAAGCGGACUUUGAAGAACUGGAGGAUGGGGAGGACCUGUUCACCAGCACUGUCUCCACCCUAGAGUCAAGUCCAUCAUCUCCAGAACCGGCUAGUCUUCCUGCAGAAGACCUAAGUACAAACUCCAAUGGUCCUAAACCUGCAGAAAUCAUCCUAGAUGAUGACAGAGAAGAUCUUUUUGCAGAAGCCACAGAAGAAGUUUCUUUGGAUAGUCCAGAAAGGGAGCCUAUCCUUUCUCCUGAGCCUUCUCCUGCGAUCACCCCUAUAACACCUACCACAUUAAUGGCACCCAGAAUUGAGUCAAAAAGUAUGUCUGCUCCUGUGAUCUUCGAUAGAUCUAGGGAUGAGAUUGAAGAAGAAGCAAAUGGAGAUGUUUUUGAUAUAGAAAUUGGUGUUUCAGACCCAGAGAAAGUUGGUGAUGGCAUGAAUGCUUAUAUGGCAUAUAGAGUAACAACAAAGACUUCCCUGUCCAUGUUUAAUAAGAAUGAAUUUUCAGUUAAAAGAAGGUUUAGCGACUUUCUUGGAUUACACAGCAAAUUAGCCACAAAGUACUUACAUGUGGGUUAUAUUGUGCCUCCAGCUCCAGAGAAGAGUAUUGUAGGCAUGACAAAAGUAAAAGUUGGAAAAGAAGAUUCAUCAUCCACUGAAUUUGUAGAAAAAAGGAGAGCAGCUCUUGAGAGGUAUCUUCAGCGUACAGUGAAACAUCCAACAUUGCUUCAGGAUCCAGAUUUAAGGCAGUUCCUAGAGAGUUCUGAGCUGCCGAGAGCAGUUAAUACUCAGGCUCUGAGUGGAGCAGGAAUAUUGAGGAUGGUGAACAAGGCUGCCGACGCUGUCAACAAAAUGACAAUCAAGAUGAAUGAAUCGGAUGCAUGGUUUGAGGAAAAGCAGCAGCAAUUUGAGAAUCUGGAUCAGCAACUUAGGAAACUUCAUGCCAGUGUUGAAGCCUUGGUCUGUCACAGAAAAGAACUUUCAGCCAAUACAGCUGCCUUUGCAAAAAGUGCUGCCAUGUUAGGUAAUUCUGAAGAUCAUACUGCUUUAUCUAGAGCUUUGUCUCAGCUUGCUGAAGUUGAAGAGAAAAUAGACCAAUUGCAUCAGGAACAAGCUUUUGCUGACUUUUAUGUGUUUUCAGAACUACUUAGUGAUUACAUUCGUCUUAUUGCUGCAGUAAAAGGUGUAUUUGAUCAUCGAAUGAAAUGUUGGCAGAAAUGGGAUGAUGCUCAAAUUACUUUGCAGAAAAAACGUGAGGCUGAAGCAAAAAUGAUGCUUGCCAACAAACCAGAUAAAAUACAGCAGGCUAAAAAUGAAAUCAGAGAGGAAAUUGAAGAGUGGGAAGCCAAAGUUCAGCAAGGAGAGCGAGACUUUGAACAAAUCUCCAAAACUAUUAGAAAGGAAGUUGGAAGAUUUGAGAAGGAACGAGUGAAAGACUUUAAAACUGUUAUUAUCAAGUACUUGGAAUCAUUAGUACAAACACAACAACAGCUGAUAAAGUACUGGGAGGCAUUCCUACCUGAAGCCAAAGCCAUUGCCUAGCAAGGUGACUUCAAAUCAGAAGAUUCUCUGGAUGUUUUUUCUCAGUUAUGCUAAAUUCCACAAUGAAAUCACUUUGAAAUCAUCUAAAUAAACCACUAUAUAUUUUAUGAAUUAACAUGUGGCUUUUUUUAUAUACUCUUGACAUUUUGUUAACAAGCUGCAUGUCCUGACCCUCUUUGAAUCAAGUGGACUGUGGCAUGACAUUCUGCAGUACUUUGCUGAAUUGAACACUAUUGUGUCUUAAUACUUGCACUAAAAAGUGCACUGCAAGGCCAGAAAGUUUUACAAUAUUUUUUCUUUACAAUGUCUUCUGUUAUUACUACUACUGUUAUCUGACCUCUUUAAAUCAAAUUAUAAUUGCGUUAAUUAAUGUUCACUUAUACAUUCCUGUACAGAAUCAUGAUUUUUGUGAUUACAAUAAUAAAAGGUUAUACCUUGUGAAA